AUGUUUGCAUUACACACAAUGAAUGUAACUGAUGUUUUAUAUUGUGUUGACUGUUUUAGUGGUAAUUGGAAUAAUGAGAAACCAUAUGAAUUGAAAUCACGUGAAUUGUGCCCAAAAAUGCAGAAUAUUCGUAAAGACAGUUUUCAAAUGAUGCGUGAUGAUACACCGCGUGCACCAUUAUCAAAAGUGAAUGUCAACCACAAGUUGUCAUCGAUCGGUUCAAGUGAAGGUUUAGUUAACGAUCAACCCUCCACAGGCGUGCAAAGAACGUUGGAUUCGAAUAGACGAGAAAUACUCGAACUGCAUACAAAAUACAGACAGGAUUUGGUUGAUUGUAAAGUUGAUGGACAACCUCCAGCUAAAUAUAUGUCACCAUUGAAAUGGAAUUACAAUCUGGCUGCACAAGCACAAAAAUUGGCGAACAAAUGCAUCUUGCAACACGACAAACGUCAUUCGGAUGAAUUCUCUUGGGUUGGACAAAAUAUUGCUCUCCAUCCAACCAUUAAGUCUGGUAAUUGGAAUAAUGAGAAACCAUAUGAAUUGAAAUCACGUGAAUUGUGCCCAAAAAUGCAGAAUAUUCGUAAAGACAGUUUUCAAAUGAUGCGUGAUGAUACACCGCGUGCACCAUUAUCAAAAGUGAAUGUCAACCACAAGUUGUCAUCGAUCGGUUCAAGUGUAAGUAGAGUUCACUACCAACGCAUACAAGAUCAACCUAUUUCUAUAAAUAAUUUUCAGCAUAGUCGUCGUAAUACACAGCGUAAAUGGAGAUCCGGAACGAAAGCUUUACACAAGUUCUCGAAGGACGUUCGUGUUGGAAGUGUUUUUGGCUAUGUACAAGGAUAG